AUGAAGACACACAAACGCACACGGAGACUGUUCGCUGCUUGUUACCGAUGUCAUUCUCAAAAGGUCAAAUGCUCGGGAGAACAUCCGUGUCGCUCUUGUGCUCAAGCAAAUAAAAGCGAUGAGUGUAGGUUUCCGCCAAGGGAGAGGAAAGUCACUAUAUCAGAGCAUUACCUGCGACGGCUUGAGGCCGACAGCAAACGGUUACAGACCCUGCUGAAGAAUGAAUCUUCGAAAGAGCACAGAGUCGAAGCAGCCACCGAGCAUGAACCAGAUUCUCUCUCGCAAGAGGAACAUGGCAUUGUGAAUCCGCUUUUCGAGACACAGAAAGAGUGGACCCGCGACAAGCAAACAGAACCAGGUUUCACAGGCGAGGCAUCAUGUAUAGCAUUCGGUGACCGACUGCUUCAGUGCACCAACAUAGGUCCAACUCCUUCAAGUGCUACAUUGUCUCAAUAUCUUUCGACAAAAACCGCGAACCAUAUAUUGGAUGACAACGAAUACACGCUUCCAGACCGAGCCCAAGCCAAGCUAUUAAUCAAAGUUGCAUGGCGCUUCAUUGGUAACGAUCAUCAUCUGUUCCUCAAGGUCUCGUUCGUGCGAGAGAUUGAGGCUGUUUAUCAGAAGGCUUCAAAGCCAACUGUUCUUUGGCUGUGCAAACUAUGGACUCUUCUCGCCUUGGGUGAACUCUAUACAAACCGCAGGAAGUUCAACGACACCCAUAUAAUCCCCGGAACAAACUAUUAUCUCCAGGCCCUGAACAUGCUCCACGACAUAUAUGAAGAAGCAAGCUUGCUGCAUGUCGAAGUUCUGAUUUUGAUUGCAUGGUACUCAAACAGCCUGGGGCGCAUCCGGUCUGCUUAUUCAUACAGUGGCAUUGCUAUGAGGCUUGCAUUGAGUCUUGGACUACAUAGGUCAGGGUCCGCUCCAACAACGGCCAGUGCAGUCGAACUUGAGAGUCGAAGACGCACGUGGUGGAUGCUUUACUACUUCGAACGAAUGUCAGCCUCCAAGCUCGGGCUACCCAUCACAUUGCGGGAUGAAGACAUAGAUGUGGAGCUGCCUUCCAUGGACGGCCUCACAGAGGAGGAACAGCAGGAAUUCGCAGACCCCGCUCAUAUGUGUGCCAAUGUGAAACUAGCUCGUAUCACGGGCAAUAUCUUGGCGGAAAUAUACUGCCUUCCGCGACGAGCCAACGGCAUGUUCGUGCAAAGGGUCCACAGUAUUUUAAAGCAACUUCGAGCAUGGAACGACGCGCUCCCCCCAGAGCUCUGCGUGCGGGAAUGUCGGACACCGCGACCCGUUGCCAGCCUGCACAUGGCCUAUAACGAGUGUAUCAUGCAGACGACACGUCCGAUUCUUCUGCAUCUGUUCCGAAGACGAUGUCAGGGUGAUGACAAGGAUUUGUCUCCAGAAUCGCCCACCCUUUCACCCAUUACAGCUCUCCUGGCAGAUAGCUGUGUAAACGCCGCGAUAACAUCCUGCCGAAUCAUGGAAGGCCUGUUCAUCGAGGGAUCCAUCGCCACAUUUGGCUACUGGGAGGCACAGCACAUUUUUUCCUCUUCCUUGAUUCUUAUUAUCUCCGCCCUUCUAAACCCAAGUGUGGCUACAUCUGAUCUCCUCCAAACGUCAAUCAAUAUACUUCGGACCAUACGGGACCAUGGAAAUAUUCCUGCAGUGGACUACAGCGAGCGGCUCGCGUUAAUACAGGCUGGCGUCUCUAGUGGAACCGGAGCAUGGGACGCGAACUCUAGCUUAGGUAGAGACCAGCAUACAGAUCAAGUUCAGCAAGUGAGUCGGACAAGAAACCAUGAUCAACCUUCCAGCAGUGAGAAAUUAUCAGUGCCAAGCUCGGGAGGCCAUAGUUUAGUAGCGGAUUUUGGUAUGAACUGUCCAGACACUCUUGCCCAUCCUUUGAUGGAUACAUUUCUAGAUGAGAACCUAUCUGCUUGGUCCAGUAGUAUGUUUACGAAUGACAAUGCGUGGAGGAACCUAGCUACGGAGAUGGAGGAGCACUUUCUAUUCUAAUAUAAUAAUGUCUCUGUUUUUCUCCGUCUUUUGGUAGGAAAUAGAUGUGGCGGGUCGUGUAUCCGGCAA